AUGAAUAUUGAUGUACUUUAUCAUUUAUUAUAUUGUUUAAAAUUUUUAAUUUUAAAUGAUAAAGCUUUGAAAACAGUAGCAAAAGAUAAUCAAUAUUAUCAAUUGAAUCUAAAACUAAGUAUUGAACAAACAGGUGAAUUAAUAAGUUUUCAAGGUAUUGAUAGUGUUAUUAGUGAAACUGAACAUUUUAUUCGAAAAUUAAAUCAAAUAAGUUUUGCUAUGUCAAGAACAGAUAUGAAUAAACUAAUAUCAUCAUCAUUAGAUCUUUCUUCACAUAAACGAUCAACAACAACAACAACAGUUAAUCUUCAACAAUUAAUAUAUUGUUAA